AUCUUCAUCAACUCUUUUCUGAUCAACAUGAAGCUCUUCAUUGUACUUUGCCUUGUGGCAGGUAGUCUUGCAAGUUUGGAACCAGCGAAUUAUCAACCUCCUGCAACUCGUUACCAUCCUGCUAACAGGCAAAGUAGUGGAAGUUCUGAUUCGUUGAAUGAUUAUCGUGCAUUGCCUUCUCAGCAAAAUCCUGACACUCGCUAUCUUCCACCCUUCAAUUCUCGGCAGGAUAAUUUGAUUCAAGCAGCUGACAGAGAAUACUUACCUCCUGUUAACGAUCGUACCACUUCUGUUCACUAUAAACCACGUUCGUCAUCCUUUUCUACUUAUACGACUUCGUUUUCUUCUCCAAAGAAUUCUUUCUCAUCUCCUUCUUCUUCUUCUUCUUCUUCUUCUUCUUCUUCUUCUUCUUCUCCUUCUUCUUCUUCUUCUUCUAAUUUUUAUCAACCUGAAUUUUUAAAUUCUUAUUCCACUUUCUCUUCUACAGAUUCGAAAAUUUUGAAUUCUUAUCAAUCUCUUCCUUUAUCUUCCUCGCCUUCUUCUUCUUAUUCUUCUCCGGCAACAUCUUAUACUCCUUCUGCAACAUCUUAUUCUUCACCAUCUUCUUCUUUCUCCUCUUCAGGAUCUUAUACUCCAUCUCAAUAUUCCACUCCAGAAUCUUCAAAAAUUUACUCUUCAUCUCAUUCUAGAUCAUCAUAUUCUGUUCCUUCAAGUUCCAUAAACUUUCCAUCCUCAUCCUAUGGAGUUCCUUCAAUAGAAUUAAACAAAAUGGCCACGGAAACUCCGUAUCUUUCAACUGCUAAGGGCUAUUCGAAUGGAGAUGAUUAUCAAACUCUUGAAGAAUCGGAACCGAUAAAUUACAACUUUGAGUAUCAAGUAAAUGACCACUAUGGAAACGAAUUCAGCCACAAAGAGGACCACCAAGAUGAGAAGUCGUAUGGAGUUUAUAGUGUACUCUUGCCUGAUGGUCGCAAACAGAUCGUUCAAUAUGAAGCUGGACCAGAGGGUUUCAAACCAAAAAUCUUCUACGAAGAGAUUGGAGAUAGAUUCAAGAAUACCAGAGACAAUGAAAAUGGACCCUACUAGAGAUACAAAAAUACCAUAAAAACAUUGUCAUUAAUUUAUUUUUAUUUUGUAUCUUUUUUGAUUAAAAAAAAAACAAACAAA